AUGCCAGAUAUAUCGUCAAAUAAUGCAAAAGUCCCAAAACCACGCACCAAGACUUUCACUGGAUGUUGGACUUGUCGAGACCGUCGAGUGAAGUGCGACGAGGAACACCCUCACUGUCGGCGGUGCCAGCGGAGUGGUCGGGUGUGCAUGGGGUAUGGUUUGCGCCUAGGAUGGUCUCAAAUCCCCGGAAGCCGCUCUCAUCGGCGCCAAUUGCGGUCCCCAGUACUAGAUGCGGGCCAUGGGUUGUCAUCUGCCGCCGUGACGACACUGUUGGUUGAGUUGGAUGGAUGUUCAGGGGAUGGCUGCGCCCAACAACGAGGACCAUUCUCAGUGUUCUCCGUUUUGUCAAGCCCUGAGACGCAAGAAGCAGGCUGUAUUGGUCCAUUGGGAAAUGACUCGUCAUCGCAAAAUGCGGAAGAUACACUGCAUAUCUCGUCGGACUUGAUUAACUCAUCAGUUGGCGAAGAUAGCGACUUGGCCUCACAGAGACCAACGUGGGAUGGAUUAUCAUCUGCUAUCGCACCAGCCACAUCUGAAUUUCCCGAGGAAUCAUGCACGGCAUUAACAAAGCCUAACCAUCGGGUUGAUGACAUCUCUACCAACGCAAUCGCUCAUGUCCUUAAUCACAAAAGACCCAAAAAUAGGCUGUCAGACCAGAGCGACUACAACAGACCAAUAUCAAAUAUUCACAGCAAUGGGACUGAGAUUUCCAUUUGGGAUUCCAUGAGUCCAUUGAUUCUUCCAAGGCCAGAGAUAGAGCUAGUCCAUCACUGGGUUGUUUUUCUCAGCGGAAACAUGCUCCUAAUCGACACCCCGGACAAUCCCUGCCGGAAUGUGUUCCUGCCUCUGGCUCUGAAAGGCCUCGAUGCCUCCCCAACAGAGUCGAACAUCCAUCUCUCAAUCUUCCACGCCAUUUGUGCCUCCUCCGCCUUCAGUCUUUCUCACCUCCGCCACGAUUCGCGGUACCACUCCAUCGCCGUCCACCAUGAUCAGCUGGCUCUGCGUCAUUUGCGAGGAAGCCUGGAGCGGGCUCGCUGCCUAGAUGAGCCCACAUUAGCUGCUGUUCUCACUUGCAUCGCGGCUGAAGCUAUGUCUGGUCGCCGCAGCCGAUGGAGAGCACACGUUUCUGGAUGCCUUGGUCUCCUGGAGAACGAGGUCCAUGGCGAUUGGAUCCGAAGUCCGACUGCUGCUAGAUUACUUCAAAGUUACUUGUCACUUUCAUCACUAUGCAGUCUUCCUGUACCUGAACGGCUAAUGUCGCUCCUCAAUGGCCCCUCCGAUUUACAUCACUACCUAGAACGAUCGCAUGGAGUCACAACACCGCUGGUCCAAUGCCUCGCUCAAAUUACCACACUGGUUGAGUCCCGGACACAGCUGUCCAUCGAAGAACUAGACCGGCUCGAACUACAACUCUACCUGAACUUUCCAUCCCUAUCCAACCCAGAUGCCCCAGGUUCGAUCAUCGUCCAACACGCUCUGAACUCAUUCUACUACGCGACGAUUGUAUACUUCCGCCGCAGUAUGCGUGGCGCAUCAUUGUGUGACGUACAGGAUUUGAUCGAGAAAGCAAUUCACGAGCUUGAAUCUGUCGAUGCGCUCACGCGUGACAAGGGCGGCUGUUCUUACAACUGGGCAAGUUUUGUAAUUGCGGCUGACUGCGAGAGGCCUGAUCUGCAAGAUCGCAUGUUGGCAUUCUUUGACCGGAAAAGUCGACAUGGGAUCCACAGUAUCAAUAUAUUAUGUGAAAUCGUUCAAGCUCUGUGGAACCGGCGGGCAGCGGCUGGACCGCUCGUCGAUAUACAGUGGCAGGAUAUUGCAAGGGAAGCUGAUUUUGACUUCAUGCUUGUUUGA